AUGCCUCCGGUAGUGUUGAAAUGCAUGCUGCUGUGUAUGUUGAUGGGUGGGACUGGUGCCUGUAUGCUGAAGAAUCACACCUUAUGGAUUGAAAGGCAAGACAGUGACCAGUGUGUCGUCGUCAACACCACGAUCUGCAGUGGCUACUGCUACACUCAGGACACUAAUCUGAGGGGACGGUUCGGGAGGACUUUUCUGAUCCAGCGCAGCUGUGUGCCCCUUUCCCUGGUGUAUCGACCCGCUCACCUGCCCGGCUGCCCUCAGGAGGUGAACCCGCAGGUGUAUUAUCCUGUAGCCCAUCGGUGCAGCUGCAGGCGCUGCAACACGCGUUCACACCACUGUGUGCGCACACGCCGGGUCUCGUAUGACAGGUGCACCUCGAUCUUUGGCAGCAUGCAGAGCAAGAACGAGCGCACUUUGGAAACCUGA